AUGGAAGAGGGCUCUCCGGGUGUUUUCUUGAAGAAUUAUCGAUUAGCAAAGUGGAGUCGAGCCGAAUUGGGUCUUCAAAAUGCAUUUGUCUCCAAUGCAAUUCCAGAUAUGAUGAUGACUCAUUAUUUGAAUUCAGGUCAGAAUCUUAACCUUGUGAUGGAUACCAUGGGAAUUGCAGGUGUGCAGUCUGUGAUUGAUGGUGCAAGUUUUAGGGAUAAACUCAUGAAUAAGGUCAAUCUGGUGAAAAAUAUUAGCAUUGAUGUUAAUAGUCUGGAUACUGAUUAUGAUGAGUUGAACGAUGAUGAGGAUGUAGUGAUUUCUAGAGGGGAUAGGGGACCUAGCAUUCAGUUUUCUGAGAAGGCUAUGUCUUGGCUCUGCAAACCUUGGAAAAAUGCCUUGAUUGUUAAGCUCCUGAGUAGUUCUCAUACUUUCAAUUACCUCCAUAAUAGGUUACAACAGAAAUGGAGUUUGAAAGGAGGCUGGAAACUAGUGGAUUUGGUGAAUGACUAUUUUGUUGUUAAGUUUGAGCUUGAGGAAGAUCUGGAGUUUGUCCUAACUGGAGGGCCUUGGAUAAUUACGGGACAAUAUUUGGUGUUGCAGAAAUGGAGGCCUGGGUUUUAUCCAGCCACUGCUCAUAUUACUUGA